AGUAGCGAACGGUUCUAUUAUCAGAUAUACUAAGAUCAUCUGUGAAAAAAUCUUGAAAUAUUUUAAGUGAAUUUUUCAAAGCUAAAAAAGUGUAAACAUGAAGUGUAUUAUUUUUAGCGUGUUACUAAUGGCGUUGCCAGCUAUUUUAUUAGCAGAAAAUAUAUUUAAAAUAAAUAUUACACCUGAAGAAGCACAAGAAUUCAUCAAUAGCGCAAACUUACGUGGACUGAAUAAUAUUGAAUAUGCACCAAAAACUGGCGAAAAUGAACUACCAGAAGCACGCAAUGAAAAAGGUGAAUUCGUUUAUAUGGGACGUGUAAUCGAUCAUCCUGAAGAUUAUGUUGAAGAACAUUAUGAUGCACAUCAAUAUCAUGGUCAAGAUGGUUUGGGUCAAUACAUUUAUGGUUACAAAGACUGGAAUCAAGGUAAAAAUGAGAAAAAAGAUGAAAGCGGCACAGUAACAGGCACAUACAAAUAUGUUCAACCACAUGGACGUGACUUUAUUGCCAACUAUUAUGCUGAUCAUACUGGUUUCCAUGUUGAAGACAAUCGUCCAGCUCAUUUAAAAUCACCAGCUACUAAGACUCCAGCUGUUUUGAAAGCUGAAGAGGAACAUUUCAAAUUGUGGGGAGAAUUAGCUGCUGCUGCUGGACACAAUCCCGAUCCAUAUGCACCUGAAUAUCAACAAGAAAGUCGUAAUGUACCACAAGAACCAGCAUAUAAGGAAUAUGUACAUGAAGAGAAACCAUAUGUACCUGGUCCAGAUGAGCAAGGUCCACCAAGAGGUUUCUUCUACGCAUUCGAUUACAAUGUACCACUCCUACGCAACAAACAGGAACGUGCCGAAUUGGAACAAUUGCGUGCUAUCAACAACAAAGAUGAAUAACUCAAUUAUGUACCACAAUUGUUGUAUAUAAAAUGAGUUUGUUUUCGUAUUCCUUUAAGUGUAUUUCGUAAAAGGCUUUUAUUUAUUAAGUCGAAUUAAUAAUUUAUUAUUACAAUUAUACCUCAUAUUUAUUGUUUAAUAUAAA